UAAUUUUGAUUUCCUAUCUGAAACUCUGUAACAUAACCUCACUUUUCCCUUGAGUUGGACGGCCCUUUUCCGGUUUUCGUUUUUCGUCAAAUCGAAAAUGACGAAGGGUACAUCAAGCUUUGGUAAACGGCGCAACAAGACCCACACCUUGUGCAGGCGGUGUGGUCGCUCGUCAUAUCACAUCCAAAAGUCAAAGUGUGCCCAGUGCGGAUACCCCAACUCCAAACUUAGACAUUAUAACUGGAGUGUCAAGGCUCAGAGCAGGAAGACCACUGGCACUGGCCGCAUGCGUCACCUCAAGGUCGUUCGCAGGAGGUUCAGGAAUGGAUUCCGUGAAGGAGGCAAGCCAGCUCCCCGCAAGACUGGUUCAUCAUAAACAUUUUUAUCUUGAGUAAUUAAACGGAUAUUUUGUUAAGCUGUUUUUAUUUAAUAAACUAUCUUUUUAAUUACUCUA